CUUUAAUAUACAACUAAAUUUAAGUGAUAAAUAUGUUAUUAGAAAAUGUUUCUGAUUCAAUGAUUGAAGAAAAUUUCUGGUCUUCAGAUAAUACUGCUCUUCAGAUUUUACUUGAUAAACUUGAAGAAACUACGAGAUCUAUAAAAUCAAUUCAGCAUUAUUUUGCUAGAAGAGUACAAAUUGAAGAAGAGUACGGCAAUGAGUUAAUGAAACUUUCACAAUUAUAUAUGGAGGAAAGCUUUCAAGCUUUAUCCACCUCUACUGAAAUGAGUGCAAGGGCGCAUAUUGAUUUAAGUCAAGAUAUAAAGAGUAUGCUAGAGAUACCUCUUGAAAAGUAUUUAAAUGAUCGAGAAUCUAUAAAAUCUGCUAUGAUUCAUCAAUUGAAAGUGUCACACGAUAUAAAAUCAUUAUACAAUAAUAAUAAUGUGAUAAAGCAAAGAGACAUUCAAAAAAAUGAAAACCAAGAAUCUAAUGACUGGGUCAAUAAUUGGCGUAAAUCUUGUAGAACAUUUCAGUUAUUAGAAUCAAAAAGAUUAGAGCAUUUAAGAUCGAUCAUAAAAACCUUUUCAAGUAUGAUUAGCUGCCUAUACAAUAUUGACGAUCAAACUUGCGAAAGACUUUUUUUGUCUAUGGAGGAUUUGAAUAUAAAUCUAGAAAUUUCGAAAUUUAUAAAGAAUCAUAAGACCGGUGCAUUGAUUUUAGAGAAUCAAAAAAGUGAAAAAAAUUUAGAAUUUUUUAAUUGUAAAACUUUUAAAGAAAUCAAUAUACCUGUCAAUUCUGGCGAAGAGCUGAGAUCUGUGAAUGAACAACUGGAGAAGAUAUCAAAUUUGUCAGUUUACAAUAGUAAUUCUAAUAUACCUAUCAUUUAUAAAUAUCCUAUUAAUCCAGUUUAUACCAAAUCAAGUCAACAGAGCACAUUACAAAAUGGUCAUUUUUUAAACUUGAGACUAAAUAAAGAAAACAAAAGUACUACAUUAAGCAGAAAUACUCAAUUACAUUAUGGUAAAAGCAACUGUUCACCAACAAGAAGGACAAUACUGCUAGCAUCUAUGGUACAAAAGAAAUCAUUAAUACAAAAAGGAGACCAGCAAAUGGCUAAACAAUUGCACAUUAACGGGAAGAUUCAGCCACUUUCUGUAACAUCUUCGCAAAAAGAUUAUUCUUCACCUCCAAGCCCACUCUUUAGUCCAAGUGACUUUUACUAUUAUUCACCUACUAAUAUUGAACAUAUCAGUACAAAAUCUUAGUAAUACAUUUAUAUAUAUUUAUAUAAAAAGAUAUAGCGCUAUAGCCAUAACUUACUAUUAUAGUUUUCUUUUCUUUUUAACACUAAUAGUAAUCUUGAACUAUAUUAUAAAAGAUAAAAAUAUUAGUAACCUAAUAUGUUUUGAGAACAUUAUAUUAAUAUUUGUUUGACAUAUACUCGCAUAUAAAAAUCUAUAUGGUUUUAACUUUUGAUUAUUAAUAAUAGUUGUUCUUGUAUCGCUAAAACUUGAAGAUUCAAUUUUUUUUUAUAAAGCAAUGAUAAUUUUUAAGAUAACAAUAAGGCGUAAGAUGUAGAACAAAUCAGAGCUGUUCUGAUUGAGUAAUCAGCAAAAAAAAAAAAAAAA